ACAGCCCAGUGACCCUUCCUCCCCCUCUUGGAAGACUCGAGGGGCUUGGGCUGAGCUGUUGCUGGGCUCUGAAGUGAGCUGCAGGUUAGGGCUGCUAAGUCCUGAGAGGGGAAUCCCGUCCGCCCCUUUCCAUCUCCUGCAUGAACAACCACACCCUAAACCUCAAAAGUCACUCUUUGCUUCUUCCAACGGGGCCUAAAAGUACGCUAAUUCUCCCUACUGGCCUAAGCAGCGGUGCAAAAGCGCUGCAGAAUCCAGCACCGCUAGGGAGCUGUUUGGUCCCCCUUCCCCACUUCAGCCGUGCAUGCAGAAACCGACCCGGUGCGCCUUGCAAGCCGCGCGCCCGACCGAGUGGGGAGGGACCCAUUGCCAAAACAAACCCCGGCCUGGGCCAGUCUUUCCAACCAACCCAAAUGUGCCCAGGCCCGGGGGCAAGUUCGCAGUUUUGCAUCUCCAGGCAUCCCUUGCAAAAAAAAUGGGAGGGAGCAAUACCCACGAUCCUUCCAGCGCUGCUUGCAAACCGCAGGGCGAUGCUUGCAAGUUGCAACCCCCGGGCCGUUGUGGGGGGUGCAGGGAAAGGCUGCAACUUUGGGGUCUUUUUGCAAGCUGAAGCUUGCAAACUUGCAGGGUGUGGGGGAAGGAGGAGGAGGUGGUGGAGAAGCGGGCUGGUAAACAAGAGGAGGAAGAAGGAGCCCUGCGUGUGCUUGGUGAAGCUCCUGACCACCGCCUCGACGACCUCCCUCAGCACAACAGGCGUCCCUGUCAUCAUCCCUCCUGGGGAGAUAGGGGCAGGAGCAGCGACGGGAGAGGCAGCAAGGGUGCCGGAGGGGGCAGCGGCCGAGGCCCCAAGGAAAUUCAUAGAAUGAAAAAGUUCAAUGCAUAUUCAGUCUCCUGAGUUGUCAUCCAUCUGUUUUUGUCAUGAUCAAACGAUUGACUGAAGAAGUGCAAACCAGUUUGCGUUCUGGAGUGGCCAUCACUUCUCUGGGGCAGUGUGCUGAAGAGUUAGUUUUCAACAGCAUAGAUGCCAAAGCAACAUGUGUGGCCAUUAGAGUGGAUCUGGAAACAUUUAAAAUCCAGGUGGUAGAUAAUGGCUCUGGGAUGAGAAGAGAAGACCUCAGCAAUGUCGGGAACAGAUAUUUUACCAGUAAAUGCUACUCGGUGGAAGACCUAGAAAAUUUAACAUGUUAUGGCUUCCGUGGAGAGGCUUUGGCAAGCAUUGCAAGCAUGGCCAGCAUAGUAGAAAUAGCAUCCAAGACAAAUAAGACUGCAAAAACCUUUUUGAAAUUAUUUCACAAUGGGAAAGGACUAGAAGUUUCUGAAGCAGAAUUGAAUAGACCAACUGCAGGAACAACAGUGACUGUGUACAGCUUAUUUCAUCAGUUGCCUGUGCGGAGAAGAUGCAUGGAUUCCAUACUGGAAUUUGAGAGAGUGAGGCAUAAGGUAGAGGCUGUUUCACUUAUGCAUCCCUCAGUCUCUUUUUCGUUAAGAAAUGAUGCUUCCUGCUCUAUGGUGCUUCAGCUAUCCAAGACAAAAGAUGUGUGCUCUCGGUUUUCUCAAAUUUAUGGCCUCAGUAAAUCACAGAAAUUGCGAGGAAUAUAUCAUAAGUCUGGAGGAUUUGAGAUAAGUGGCCAUAUCAGUUCUGAAGGGCAUUACAAUAAAAAUAUUCAGUUUUUGUAUGUGAACAAUAGACUGGUAUUAAAAACAAGAAUACAUAAGCUAAUUGAUUUUUUAUUAAGAAAACAAAGUGUUAUAUGUAAAACAAAAAGCGGACCUGUCACUUCGAGUCCUGUUCGCCAUCGUUCUGGCCCAGAGCUCUAUGGAGUCUUUGUUAUGAAUGUCAAGUGUCAGCAUGAUGAAUAUGAUGUGUGUUUGGAACCUGCAAAAACUCUAAUCGAGUUUCGCAGUUGGGAUGCUCUCCUGCUUUGCAUUGAAGAAGGAGUGAAAGCCUUCUUAAAGCAAGAACAUCUGUUUAUUGAGCUGUGUGGUGAAGAUGUUAAAGAAUUUAAUGAAUACAAUGAAUUUUGUUUGAAUUCUGCUAUGACUUUACAUCCUUCUCUUCUUGAGGAGAAACACAUGCAGGAGAAUUUUAAGCGAGCUUGUGAUAAUAUUGUGGAUUCUUAUGAAAUGUUUAAUCUGCAAUCAAAGUCUGUCAGAAGGAAAAUAACUCUUGACAAAAUUACAUCAGAUCUCACAGGACCCACUAACAAUAUGGAAACAGAUUUGACUAUCACUGAGCCUGUUCAUGGAAAAAGUAGUAAAGUGGAAAAUUCUUUGCCCAACAAAGAUAGCCCCACUCUUGAUCUCCCAAAAUUGAGUAACAUGCACAAAGAGCCAAAUAUAUAUGAUGAUCCACAGACUGAGGUCUUAAAUUCCAAGAGUCCACAAGAAGGCUGUGGACAGGACUUGUCAGACGCUUUAAAAACAGGCAGUGAUAGUGGCACAUCACUUUGUUUUGAGACGCCUGACAAAAACACAAGCAGCCUGCAUGAUCCAGCAUUUCAGGAAAGUAGUUCCAACUCUUCCACUUUUGGACAUGUUGUAAAUGUGAGAGAUGUUGAUUUAUGUAAACAUCAAUUUCUCUUAAAAGGUGCUUUGUCGAGAAAAUGCAGGAUGGCAGAAGAGGGCAGAGGACUUGCUACAGAGUUAAAUUCCCACAGAGAAGCAACAGUGGGACAAGAAUCUUUAAAGUUGUGUUCUACAGGCCUUUUAGUUCAUCUUAUGCAAAGUCAGUCACCAGAUAAAACAGCAGACAUAAACCAUUCAUCAAACAUGCCACAUGUACUAGGUCCAGUAAGUGCCAGGGAUGUAUUUGACAAAAAGCUCACUUUUUCAAGACCGACUUCAAAUACUCAAGAAUGUUUGAGGAUGACCGAAGGCGGUAUAUGCACAGGAAAGGGCUACGAGCGCAUGGAAAUUGGGCAUAUAUCCAGCCAGAAGGAUGAGAUGGAUUCACUUCCAGCAGUUGGCAGAAGUGAGGGCGUGAGACAAUAUACCAAGGAACUGAUUUCCAUUGCUCCAUCCAGUUCUGUUUGUAGUGUAGAUAAUGCAACCUCAAGAAAGCAAAUGCCUGAGAAGUUAACUAGAUUUGGGCGCUGUACUUUUACAAAACUGAGUUUGCAUCCAAAACUGGGGUCAUUAGAUAGAUUCAGGCGACAUUAUGGGUCCAUAAAGAAUACACAAUCCAUAACUGAAAAAAAUAGGGAUGAGUUUGCAGUUCCUGAUAAGAAUAAAGAUCAUGAACACUCAAGCAUUUGUGACCUUCCAGAUAAAGAGCAAGUUAGUUGUAAUAAUAAUAGCUGUGAUUGCCUUUUUCCCUUGGAAAAGUCUCAGUUCUCCUUUGAAGAAAGCAAGAAAACAUAUGUAAGAGAGAGCCCUCUGACCCUGAGAGAUUACUCCCAAAGCAGAACAAAAGAUCCAAGAACUUCUGGAUUUACAGGAACACUUGCUGCUAAAGUAUCUAAAAUGAAGGGACGCCUUAAAGAAGCUAUACAUUCAGAACGCAAAGGGCAGCUUUCUGGACAAUCCCAAUUAAAUUUGAGUCCAAAAACUGAAGACAGGUGUCUCUCAUCUCAAAAUAAUCUUUUGCAAAAUAACUGUUCUGUAUCUCAGUUGUUCACAAGAGAAACAGGGACAAAGAGCUACAGUUUUGCUUCACACUGUCCUGUGCAAAGUAACCCUAUGGAAACCUCUAAUGCAAGAACAAUAGCUAUGGAAGAUACUGCCAGCCUUUCUUUCAUUGAUACUGAUGGAGAAUAUGUUAUCUCCCAAAAGAGAAAAUUGGCAUUGCCCAAUAAAGAGGUAUGUCCUGAAGACACCUGUGAAGACAUAUGUGCUAUGGAUGGAUCUUCAAAGCAAAACGUGAACACACAUGAACCUAUGGUGGUCCUGUCAAGUAUCAGUGAAGGUGCUUCAGAUUAUGCAAAUCCAGCUCAGAAUGAGGAAUCACAGUGUCAUCCUUCUGAGUGGUUUGAUCAGUUUGAUGCAUCCUUGGGUAGGACGGUAUACAUCAAUAGAAUGACUGGACUGAGCACCUACAGUGCUCCUCCCAGUGAGCAGCCUAAGGCUGUCUGUACUCAAGAUAUAAGUACAAUGGCUGUAAAUGUUGUCAUGGAGAAUGGGUUCCAGAGCAGAUGUCAUCCUUUUAGAAGUGAGUUUAUUGUUCCCUUCCUUCCAAGACGGCACAAAGAGAGGCAUUUGGCAAGCCAAGAUUUCAGAGAUGCACAAGGAGAAUCUCUCCAGUCUGUAUUUUCAGAGUGGGACAAUCCUGUGUUUGCUCGCUGCCCAGAGGUUGCUCUUAAUGUGAGUAGCGAACAGGCUGACAACCUUGCUGUGAAAAUUCAUAAUAUCCUAUAUCCUUACCGGUUCACCAAGAACAUGAUUGAGUCAGUGCAGAUCCUCAAUCAAGUGGACAACAAAUUUAUUGCUUGUUUAAUCAACACUAGGCCAGAUGAAAACAAAGAGACGGAUGGGAACCUUCUUGUGCUGGUGGAUCAACAUGCUGCCCAUGAACGUAUCCGCCUUGAGCAACUUAUCACAGAUUCCUAUGAGAAUCAGUCUGAAGCAUCAGGUAAGAAGAAGUUGUUGGUCUCCACUGUGUGUCCACCACUGGAAAUUGAGGUAACAGAGGAGCAGAGAAGACUCUUAUGGUGCUACCACAAAAGUCUAGAAGAUUUAGGCCUUGAGUUAUCCUUUCCAGAGAACAAUCCCUUGCAGAUUCUUGUGGGGAAAGUGCCAUUGUGUUUUGUAGAGAGAGAGGCCAAUGAAUUGCGCCGUGGAAGACAAACAGUGGCUAAGAGCAUUGUACAGGAGUUCAUUCGAGAGGAAGUUGAGCUACUACAGACCACAGGAGGAGCACGAGGAACACUACCACUAACAAUCCUGAAGGUUUUGGCUUCUCAGGCUUGCCAUGGUGCUAUUAAGUUUAAUGACACUUUGACUUUUGAAGAAUGCUGUCAGCUAAUGGGAUCUCUGUCCUGUUGUCAGUUGCCCUUCCAGUGUGCUCAUGGGAGGCCUUCCAUGCUGCCUCUUGCAGAUAUAGAUCACCUGCAGCAGGACAGUCAGCCCAAGCCCAAUCUGGUUAAACUCAGAAAAAUGGCUAAAGCCUGGCAGCGCUUUAGGAAAGAAACAGAUCUCACUAGGAAAACGUGAGCCCUGCCGCCUCAGUGCUUCCUAGGUUUCAAGCAACCCAUCUCCAGCAGCUCCUCCUCUGAAACUGAAAGCGGCGAGGCCCAGAGAGUGGCCUUGAAAGCACAGCAACAGAAAGCAAUUCAGCAUUCUGAAUGCAGGAGGAGCCCAAAAUGUGGUACUUCAAAGAUCCCACCAGCCGGAGGCAAAAACUAAGCCCUGUUUUCCUGGGGAACAUGGCAAGCCUCUAUCUUGCAUUUAAAAUGUGUAAGUAAAGACUGUAGAACAACUGUUUUAAUCAAUAUGACACCCUUUAUUCUGAGGAAGCAGCAGCUAUCAUAAAAGGGGACCACAUACUCGGCCACAGUUUUGAUUACAACUUUUGCUUAGGCCAAACAACACUACAAUCUGUUCUAGUUUUGUUUUAAUGUCAUCUGUUGCUUGAAUUGCAUUCAAAUGCUAAUUAGUCACAGUGAAUCAAUACAGGCAUCAGAACUAAAAAGGGCUUUUUAUGCAAUGAAUAAUCACAGCGAUACAUCGCUAUCUGCAAGUUAAGGCAGUCUGAGUUGCCCUUUCUGAAAGGUGUAAAACAUCCUCCUUGCAUAAAACAAAAAUGGGUCAAGAAGCCUGACUUUUUGUUUACAGGUCCUGGUGGAAUUGAAAAGCCUCUUCCUGCCACCCAGAUGCUGCUGCAAAAAGGGACCCCUCAUGAGGGCAUUUAACAGACUGAGGGCAGCUUCUAUCGUCAGUAAUUCCUUUUACAGUUAAGACAGUUAUUGAGCUGAAUCCAACACUGAAUGUUAUGCAAUGAUUCUCAGAGAGAAUAUUUUCAGGGAAAUAAUUGUUGUAUAUCAUUUAAUAAAGUUGAACAAACAGAGAA